CAAAACGACGGAAGAAAACAAAAAAAUGGCCAUCCAGUUGAUUGAUUUUAACCAUAUCAAAACCUAACCAUCAGUUAAAUCCCUAAAAAAUUAUCCCCAAAAUCUUUCCCCUUUGUUCAUAUGAAAAACUAGCAAUGGAAGGGGGAGCCUCUUCAUCUCUUCCAGAAUCACAUCCACAGCCACAGCCACCGCCGCAGGAGGUGGCACAACCACAGCAAUUUCAAGAACAGGCGGCAACGCAAGAACAACAACAAGAAGCCAUUUUACAAUAUCAAAAACAACAGCAAGAAUAUCAAGAUUACUACAAUUAUUACUAUCAAACCUACGAUCAAUCCUCUUCUGCUUCGUAUUACCCUUAUUAUCAACAACAAUACCCUCCUCAAUGGCCGCAAUACUACGACCCGCAGCAACAAAAUUACGCUUAUUAUCAACAACAACCACCGCCGGCACCGCCCGAUUACUAUCAGCAGCAGCAACCUCCACAACCACAGCAACAGCAACAGCAACCGCCACAACAACAGCAACAGCAACCGCCACAACAGCAGCAACAGCAACCGCCACAACAGCAGUAUUACCAUCAACAACCUCCUCCUCCCGCGGUUGCUGUUACCCCAAUUUCGGAUUCUGGUGGGGCCACCCAACCGCAGGCUCCGUUAGAUGGCGGAAAUGGGAAGAAUGCUGCGGCCGCUGCUGCCAUUGCUGCGCUUGAGCAGCUGGCUCAGUUUGCUGGGACUAUGGACGCGGCGGAGAGGGCAAUUGCUGGGUUGCCGCCUGUUGCCACUCCAAGAUUUCAGCUUUCAAUGCGUCCUCCUGCGGAUGGUCGACAUCUGCACAGGGGUGGUGGUAGACGAGGUGGUGGACCAUUGCGAGGGGGUCGCCGGGGAAAUACUGGCCAAUAUUCUGGUUCUGCUCCUCCUUUCCGUGGAAAAGGACGCGGUAAAGGCAAUGCCCAUUCUAGAAGCUUCCAAGCACAAGGUGUGAUAUCAACAUCUUCCUAUCCAGACCAUCCAGCUGCUGCUGUUGAGGCAGGUCAGUCUGCUCGAACACCAGAAAAUGUAGCAUUUAAGCAAGGAUCUGCACAGAUUGCAUGGUGUGAAAUUUGUCGGGUAGAUUGCACCAGUUUGGAAAUUCUUGAGCAGCAUAAGAAUGGCAAGCGGCAUAAGAAGAACUUGCUUCGGAAUGAAGAGGUGAAAGAACCCAUCAAACCGGGGGAAGAAAUUCAGAACGAUCAUAAACCUGUAAAUGAUCUCAAGCCAGAAGUUUCUCAGGAGACUAAGGUUGCACAGGAUGGUGAAGAGCAGAAGUCAGCAGAAAACUUGACAUCUGAAGCUGCCAGUGAUGAACCUAUUAUAGAGAACAAUCAGCAGGAUAAUGCUGGGGAAAAUAUCGAAGCUCCAGCAGGGGAAUUAUCUAAUCAGAAAGGAAAUAAGCGUAAAGUGAACUCGUUCGAUAAUAGGAGGCGUGGAGGGAAUCACAAAAUUAGAGGUGGCCGGGGCGGGAAGCGCGUGAGGACUUCUGAAACUAAUAAUAGAUUUGAACCACCCAAACCUAAAGUGGUAAUUCCCUUACUCUGUGAUCUAUGCAAUGUCAAAUGUGAUACUCGGGAGGUUCUGGACCGCCAUUUUGCUGGCAAAAAGCACAUUGCUAAACUCAAUCGAUUUCAAGGCCAUCAGUCUGUUUAUGGGCCAACAGGGCUUCAGGCACUUUACCCUCCCAAUCCAGUGGCACAAACUCAUUUUGUUCUGCAGGGCCAUCAACCUUUCUAUCCUCCGCAGGGUUUAUUUCCCCCACAGUUUCCUUCCCAGGCUCACCACUCUACAGCAGCAGCUCCUGCAAUUUUGGAUCCUCAAUUCUCUCAAAGUUUUGUGCCACAACAGUCGGAAGCCACUUCAACUGCAAAUCCUGCAGCAGCUGUCUUCAGGCUCUGAAGGUAAAGGGUCAUAUCCUUCUCCCAUUAGCGGCACGGCUGAAAAUUAAUGGAUUCAUUCCAGCUGCUGGGUAUAUACUUGUGGUGUUGUAUGCAUUAACCCAUGAGCGUGCUUUUUGCGCUUCUGAUAGACAGUUUAGCAUGGAAUGAAAUAUUAGUUUCUCUAUUAGUGAAAUCUGAUUAUGGUUUUUUUCUUUAAGUGGAAAUCAGACUGGAAAACAUAUUAAUCUGAAAUAAUCGAAUACUCAAAUUUUAGCA